CAUAAACAAGCGCGUGCAUGUAGUAAUCACGACAAAUAAUUAUUUAUUAUUUUAAUAAUAAUAUGUUUUAAUCAAUUAAAACUAUGGCUGGCGUAUUAUUAAGUGAGGCCGAAAAAACCUUUAUAUUACAUGGAGUUGACGAAAAUUUUCGUUGUGAUGGACGAACUAGGCAAGAAUAUAGACCCAUGGAAUUGGAGACUGAUAUUGUUAGUCAUGCUAGCGGUUCAGCAAGAUUGAGAUUAGCAAAUACAGACAUUUUAGUUGGAGUAAAAACUGAAAUAGAUAUUCCUUUCCCGGAAAGACCAUGCGAAGGAAAAAUCGAAUUCUUUGUAGACUGUUCUGCAAAUGCAACACCUGAAUUUGAAGGUAGAGGAGGCGAAGAAUUGGGAUUGGAAAUUUCUCAUACUUUGUCUCAUGCUUAUAAUAGUUCUCAAGCAUUUAAUUUAAAAGACUUAUGCAUAAUGGCUGGUCAUCAGUGUUGGAAACUUUAUGUUGAUAUCUUGAUUUUAGAAUGCGGUGGUAAUUUAUUUGAUGCUGUUUCUUUAGCAGUGAAAGGAGCUUUAUAUAAUACUCGAAUCCCUAAAGUAACUGCUGCUGUGUUAGACGGAGGCAAUGUAGAUUUACAACUCUCUGAUGACCCUUAUGAAAGCGAGAGACUCAAUGUUUUAAAUGCUCCACUUUUGAUUACUCUUUGCAAAAUUGGAGAACAUUGUGUUGUAGAUCCAAGUGCUGAGGAAGAGAAGUGCAGUGCUGUUAGUUUGGUUAUAGGAAUAAGGGGCGAUUCCACACAGAUAACUUGCAUGAGAACAGCAGGUUCAGGGAGUAUAAAUCCUACAACAUUGAAAGAAAGUGUUCGAAUAGGAUGUCAAGCAGGUCUCGAUAUGCACAAUACAUUAAUGGAAGCACUUACAAAAGAAGAAAAUAUACCUAAAAGAAAACCAGUUGGAUUUUUGAAAUGAAUAUUUCAUCUGCUUAGAAUUAUUUUUGUUACAAAGAAACA